AUGUAUAAAGGACAAAUUUCGUUGAUAAUUCUCUCAACUGCUGGCUAUUGGCGACCAAUUGGUUUCUCAUUUUUUGCCGUUGCAUUUUUAUACAAUAUUUACAGUAUUUUUAUGACAUUUCUCGUUUAUUCCUUUGACAUGUCUCUGUACAUGUAUCUUAUUCUACAUGCAAUCAACGAUAUCGACGAUUUCUCCGAAUCAUUGUGUUGGUUCCUAUUGAGUUUAGUCGUUUGUGUGAAAUUAACAAAUUUACUCAUCAAACGAAAUGAAAUAAUUGAUUUAAUAAAUAUGAUGGAUAUACAUUAUUUUUCACCGCGCGAUCAUGAGGAGGAGGCUAUUCAACAAAACUAUGACUAUAUGUCUAGAAGAAAUACAAUGUUAUUUUUGAUUGGAAGUCUUUUUACAAUGACAGCACUGACGCUUGGCGGAUUGGCAAGAAGUGAUAUUAUAUUACCAUUUAAAACCACAUUACCAUUUGACAAUGACGAUAAAAUUAUAUUUUGGCUCACAUAUGUCGUUCAAACUUUAAGUAUUUACAGUUCAGGUUUAACAAAUGUUGGCGUCGAAACAUUAGUCAUGGUAAUUAUGCUUCAAAUUUGCUGUCAACUCGAAAUAAUUUAUCAUCGUCUCGAAGAAAUGACACAAUUGAAUCUCAAUGACGAGAGUUCGUUAAAUUUUUCAAAAACCAAAGAGGCUCGAAUUCUCGUUGAAUGUGUCAGACAUCAUGACUAUGUCUAUCUAUUCAGUGAAAGAUUGAAUGAUAUUUUUAGUAUUGUGUUUGGAAUGCAAUUUAUUGGAUCGAUAACAAAUAUUUGCACACUUAUUUACAGUUUAUCGACAAAAACUACAGUCAAUGACAAAGUUCUUGCCCAGGGUUUACUCCUGCCAAAUAUUUUAUUUCAAACUUUUAUCUACUGUCUUUUCGGUAAUGAAGUUAUGCUAAAAAGCUUAAAAGUUGCGGACGUAAUUAGUAUGAUGGAUUGGACAAUGUUAAGAAGACAAUCAAAGAAAGGACUUCUCAUGAUUGCAAUGCGUGCGAGAAAUCCAAUAAUUAUCACCGGUGGAUCACUCAUUCCCAUGUCACUCAACACUUUUGUUACCCCGAAAAAUUUGUAUGAAUCGAAAAUAGUUAACAAAUAUUUUCACAUUGGCAGUUUGGAAUCGAGUGGAAUUUUUUUUGCCACUUAUUUAUAUCAAUCUGUUGCAAUAAUAAUGUCGGCAUUGAUAACAAGUUCCGUUGAAUGCUUUGCAUUGAUGGUGAUUUUAAUAAUUUGCGGUCAAUUCGAAAUAUUUGUUUAUCGUUUAAAUUUACUGGCGACAAUUAAAAGGAAUAAUAAACUCAAAUCUAGUGUUCAUGAAUGUGAGGAAAAAUUGAUCAAAAAUUUCGUACGACAUCACAAUUGUAUGUAUUCACUUGGAGUGAAUAUGAAUAAUAUAUUUGGAACAAUGAUUUUUGUACAAUUUUUCUCCUCAUUAAUACAACUGUGCACAACGAUAUUUCAAAGUAGAAUGCAUUUCAAAAAUCAUGAUUUGUGGUCAAGAUUUUCACUCUUGUGUACAUCAUUUUUACAACUCUACUUGUACUCAUUCUCAGGAGAAAAAAUAAUGGAAAAGAGUUCAUUGAUUGCAGGAGAAAUUUAUCAAACGAAAUGGAACAAGUUAACAAGUCGCUCAAGAAAAAAUCUCAUUUUAAUUAUGAUUCGUGCUUUGAGACCAAUAAAACUAAUGGGCUCGUCUAUCGUCGUUAUGUCAUUAGACACGUUUGUUAAAGUUGUAAAAUUAUCAUUCUCUACUUAUAAUCUAUUAAUCAAGUUAUGA